AUUCCGAGUGUCUCGCUUAUUGUCUGGGCGAGGCGAUUCGGCUAACUUUCCUACACCAAUUAAGGGUUUAAGGGGUUUCGAAUCUGUCCCGUUUCGACUUGGACGUUGCGAGGCCGCUCAGUCUUUUCGAAAGCUCGAUUUCGGGUUUCCAGCCUGGUUUCUGGUGUUAUUCCUUUGUAAAUACCGUUAUUUGUAUAUACUGUAAAUGAUGACAUCAGUGGGCAGCAGCCGUGCCCGGGGCAGCUGGGAGCCGGCACAGGGCCAGACACAGAGCCAGAGCGUGCACAAGCCCAGGCCACAGGCCACAGCUGAGCAGAUUCGACUCGCACAGAUGAUUUCGGACCACAACGACGCAGACUUUGAGGAGAAGGUCAAACAGUUGAUUGACAUCACAGGCAAAGACCAGGAUGAGUCCAUGAUCGCGCUGCAUGACUGUAACGGGGACGUAAACAGAGCCAUCAACGUGCUGCUGGAGGGCAGCCCUGACACUGACUCGUGGGAGAUGGUGGGGAAGAAGAAGGGUGUGUCGGGGCAGAAGGAGAGCGGGCAGACGGAGGGGAACGAGGAGGGGAAGGAGAACAGGGAGCGAGGGGGGGAGCGGGACGGGGCCCGCCGGAGAGGCGGGGGCCCACGCCGGGGCCGAGGGUCCAGCCGGGGGAGGGAGUUUCGUGGGCAGGAGAACGGACUGGACGGAGGGAAGGCCGGGGGCGUGUCGGGGCGGGGCACGGAGCGCGGUCGCCGUGGGAGAGGGAGAGGAAGAGGGGGCGCUGGCCGGCGGGGUGGCAGGUUUUCGGCGCAGGGCAUGGGCCAGAUUGAUAAGGGGGCCAGAUAUGAUUGUACAGGAGAAGAGAGGACCUUUAACCCCGCGGACUACGCCGAGCCGGCCCAGGCGGAGGAGAGCUACGGAGGGGGAGGGGCCUGGAGCAACACGGGCCGCAUGGAGCCUGAGGACGGAACCAGGCUGGAGUUCUCUGGGGUGGAGGGGACGAAUUUCCCCCGAAAAUUCGACUCUGCUCCCGGUGCCUGGAGGACAGCCACUGAGGAGUGGGGUACAGAGGACUGGAAUGAGGACUUAUCAGAGACCAAAAUCUUCACCGCCUCCAGUGUGGCGUCCGUGCCCCUCCCACAGGAGAAUGUCACCAUCACUGCAGGACAGAGAAUCGACCUGGCGGUGCUGCUGGGGAAGACGCCCCCGUCGUCGUCCUCGGAGACGGAAGCCCCCGCCCCCCUGGAGCCCCCUCAGCCCCCCUCCCUGUCCCAGGCCCUGGUGUUCAGCAACUCCAAACAGGGAGCCCCCCUGUCCCAGACCCCCUCCAGCGCCCCCUACGCCCAGCACAGCAUGGCCAGUAUGCUGAGCAAGAGCUUUGCCGAGGUGGGGGACCCCAAGGGGGGUAGCGGAGGGGCGACGAGCGGGUCCCAGUUCCUGGAGCAGUUCAAGACGGCCCAGGCUCUGGCCCAGCUGGCCGCCCAACACUCCCAGCCGGGCCCCCCGAACCCCACGGCCCCCUCCCCCUCCUCCUCCUCCUCCUGGGACACCAGCUCCCCCUCCCUGGGGCCGUACGACCUGAAGGCCCCGCCCGACUCGGGGGUCCACGCCUCCUUCCCCAAACGGCAGCCCUACCAGGCCCCCGCCCCCACCGGGCCCUCCAUGAUGGACGCCUUCCUGCAGGAGAAAGGCCCCGCCUCCUCCUCGACCGCGGCUCCCUCCGCCCUGCCCCCUCAGGCCACGCCCGCCCCCCUGCCGCCCCCGACCUCCUCCUCGCCCCUGUCCAAACCCUCCGCCCCCGCCCCGGCCCCCGGCCCCGCCCCGGGCCAGCAGGGCUCCCCCGCAUCCUCGGACCCACAGUCCUCCAGCCCCCAGCCCCUGCAGCAGCACAAGCUAAAACCACAGAAGAAGAGGACCUCCAUCACCACCAAGAUCCCGGCGCUGGCGGUGGAGAUGCCUGGUUCUGCCGACAUCUCGGGUCUGAAUCUGCAGUUCGGCGCCUUGCAGUUCGGGUCGGAGCCGGUUCUGCCCGAGUACGACCCCACGCCGGUGACCAGCGCGCCCGGCAACCAGGUCCAGAACAGCCUUUACACCAGCCCGAGCAGCGAAUCGGCGCCCUCCAUCCCCAACCCCAGCCAGGACCCAGCCUAUCAGGGCGGGGGCCUCCCGGGGGGCGGGGCCUCGUACCCCCCUCAGGCGGGAGGGGCGGGGCAGCCCGCGCUGUACGAGCAGAGGGCCACCCAAACGCGGCGGUACCCCCCCUCCGUCUCCUCCUCCCCCCAGAAGGACAUGCAGCCCAGCAAGAACGGGUUCGGUUCGAUACAGACGGCGCAGUCGGUGGAAGCUACAGCGGGUUCUGCAGCGCCUCCCAAACCCGUCUCCGAUCCCGCCCCUCCGGCCUCGCUGACGGACAGCCCGGCCGGCCCCGCCUCCUUGCUGACCACGUCCAAUCAGACGCCGCUCGGCGCCUUGGGCCACGGCGAGGACCUGCCCCCUAAUUCUGUCUCCCAACCCCAGCACAACGCACUCUCCACGCAGCAGAACAGUCUGGCCCCCUCCUCCACAGUCAGGACGUCCAGCUCCGCCCUGCUGCAUUCGGGCGUGGACGGCGACCCCGGCCUGCACUCCUUCCCCUCGUCCGUCUCGGCCGUGGCCUCUUCCUCCUCCUCCUCUUCCUCGGCGUCGGCCUCCCUCAGCGCCCCGCCCCCCUCGGUCUCCACGGCGACGGCGGCCGGCCUGGGGGCCGUCAGCGGCCUGCCGAUGGGGCUCAACAGCUCCGCCUCCAUGGCCCCGCCCCCCUCCUCCAGCUCCGCCUCCUCGGCUGCUGGCCCCUCCUCUUCCUCCUCUUCCUCCCGCAGCUCGGUGGCCUCGUCAGGGAAAGCGCCCCCAAACCUGCCCCCCGGGGUCCCCCCCCUCCUGCCCAACCCUUACAUCAUGGCCCCCGGACUCCUGCAUGCGUAUCCGCCCCAGGUGUAUGGAUACGAUGACCUCCAGAUGCUCCAGACCAGAAUUCCCCUGGAUUAUUACAGCAUCCCGUUUGCCACUCCCACCACAGCACUGACGGGCAGAGAGGGAGGCCUCACAAGCAACCCUUACUCUGCGGGAGACCUGUCUAAAUUCGGGCGGGGCGACGCCUCGUCCCCGGCGCCCUCCACCACGCUGGCGCAGCCGCAGCAGAGCCAGUCUCAGACGCACCACACGGCCCAGCAGCCCUUCCUCAACCCCGCCCUGCCGCCCGGCUACAGCUACACCAGCCUGCCCUACUACACGGGCCUGCCCGGCCUGCCCAGCACCUUCCAGUACGGGCCUGCGGUGUUCCCGGUGGCUCCUACCUCGUCGAAGCAGCACGGCGUCAACGCCUCGGCCACGCCCUUCCAGCAGGCCAGUGGCUACGGUUCCCAUGGAUACAGCACUGGCUAUGAGGACCUGCAGGCCGGUGGGGAGUUCUGUAAGGCUGGAUAUAACAGUGCUGUCGCUGCUGCUGCCGCCGCUGCUGCUUCUGCACAAAACAAGCCGGCCAGCUCCGUCACCGGGCCUGGAGUCGGAGUUUCUGUGACAUCCAGCAACACUGGGGUUCCUGACAUUUCAGGGUCUGUUUACACAAAAACACAGUCGUUCGAUAAGCAGGGUUUCCACGCGGGCACUCCCACCGCCUCCUUCAGCCUGCCGUCAGCGCUGGGCAGCGCGGGCCCCAUCAACCCCCCCGCGGCCGCCGGCUACGCCCCCGCCCCCUUCAUGCACAUUCUGGCCCCCCACCAGCAGCCCCACUCCCAGAUCCUGCACCACCACCUGCAGCAGGACGGGCAGAGUGGCACUGGUCAGCGCAGCCAGAACUCCUCCAUCCAACAGAAGUCCCAGGUCAACAAGUCUGCUUACAACAGCUACAACUGGGGGGCAAAUUAAUACGCCACGCCCGGACACCCACAACCUGACGGAAGCUCCCUCUUCAUCUACCACCCCUCCCCUCCACCCCUCUGUCUCCAUCCCCCUGUUGUGCCACUCCCGAGAGUGUGCCUGCAGUACCCCUCCUGACCACUGGUGUCGCUGUGCAGAGAGAGGGCCGCCGCUGGGGCAGGGGCGGUGAUGUAGGCAUGGGGGGGGGGGGGGCGGAGCCCGGCAGGACGGUCAAGCGAUUUAUUUAACUGAGCAGAAUGAGAGAGGCGGCCAUUUUAAAACGGAAUGUGUAGAGUGCUCCAUGUCCGUGUUGUCCUCUACCCCCUCCUCUCUGUUCUGUGGAACAUAGGUCUGUUUUCUAAGGUUUUUUCUCUUUUUUCUUUUUUUAAAUCUUUUUUUAACUGUUGGGGUGAGCGGAGGGGCAUGUGCUGGCAUUUUCUAUUUUUGUCCCCCAUCCUGUUUGGUUGCCUCCAUCUCUUUCUCUCUCUCUCCUUCUCUCCAUCUCUCUCCUCCCUGUUACUGGGGUGUGGAAAGGCCUCCCCUGUUCCCCAUGGAGGCAGAAAAUGGAAGUUUCUUUUUCUUUUUCUUUUUUUCUUCUCCUCCCCGUUACGAGUUACCAGAUCUUAUUUUUAAAGGAAAUUCUGAAAUCGGCAAUGCAGUUCUUGUAGUUUUAUUUUUUACUGAAUAUAAAUAUAUAUGCGAGCGCACUGGUUAGUGUGAGUGUGAGUGUGUGCUUGUGCGUGCAGGGUGUGUGUGUGUGUGUGCUUGUGUGUGCAGGGUGUGUGUGUGUGCACAUGGGUUGUGUGAGAGGGGUAACUGGCUCGUUGCCGUUGGAUACGCCAGGACAGUAGAACGAGUCUUGGGGAGAUGCUCCCCUGUAGUAAAAUGCCCCCUGCCCCCCCCCCCCCUCCUUUCAUUUCCCUCUCAAGCCGUUUGGUGUAUUUUCUGCAGGCAAAAGAUGCAUUUUUUUGUUUUGUUUUGAUUCGUUAGUCGACAUGUCUCCUCAUCAAAUCCAGCAUCAGUCUGGUUUUGGGGUCGGGCAGAGUUUGGGUUCCUGACCCCCCCCCCCCUCCCCCUCCUCCACAUCGUCACUCCCGUCUCACCGAAUCGAGCUCGUUCCUUCAGACUCGGCAAAAACGUGGACCGGAUCAGCCGCUCUCUGGACCGGAGCUACACUGGGGAGACUGCCCUCUCGAAAGCCCAGGACGGCCGCCCUACUCCUCCCCCGAAUGGAACAGUCCAUGUUUCCUCCCCUACCCCCCCCCCCCCCCCCCCAUGUGUGUAAGUGUUGUGUUCUUUUUCUAACCCCCCCACCCCCACCACCCCUUGCCCUCUUAUUAUAUUAUUAGGAAAACUUAAAGCCGUGAUUAAUGAUGGACAGAGUUGUACAAUGGUUUUUGUUUGUCAGUGACUAUUUUCUUUUUGUACUGUGCGUUCUAAAGAAUUUAAAUGGAUAAACUUGUCUUGUAUAUAUAUAUAAAAAAAACACAAGUACUGUAGUCCUGUUUUGUUUGGCUUUUUUCCCCCCCUUCCUCAAAUUCUCACCCACGAACCUGUUUGUUUUUUGUUUUUUUGUUUGUUUUUAUUUCCUAUGUUUUUUAUUUUUAUUUUGUAAACUAUAUAAAUAUAUAUAUAAAUAUUAAGGAAAUAAACAAGAAAAAGACAUUUCAUCA